CCGGGAACCCUGGACCGUGCCGCGUUGCUCCGCGGCGCGCCGCUCCGCGCCACACCGCGCGUGAUUUCCCCCUCGCCCCGAAUCCGCGCGUAGCACGUCCAUCUUGUUGGCCCCUUGUCCCCGUUGCUCUCUCUCUGCGAACGAACGAACGAACGAACGAGGGAAUCGGCCAGCCAGCUCCAGCGAACGAGCGAGCGAUGUGGUGUGCGCGGCGAACGAUGCUCGACCACGAUGACGACGGCGGCGUCGCCGCCGUCGCCGUCGUCGCCGUCGUCGCUGGUACGCGUUGCCCGUUCGCUUCUCCGUCGCGGCUGCCUUGGCGGCCGCGCCAUUAAACGUUCCCGAUCCCGCGCGUCUCUGCUCCCUUGUGCCUCUCUCUUUCUCUCUCGCCUCUAUCGCAUGUAAUUUCAUUUUGGCCGUGGGAAAAAUGGAGAGAAAAAGAGAGAGGCGCGAAAAAGGGAGGAAGUCGCGGCUGAAAGGAACAAAGUUUUUCAUUAUCGGUGCUGCGUCGUGGCGCGGUAUGGCGCUCACCACAGAGAGAGGAUGACUCACCUCUUCCCCCCCGCUCGCUCGCUCGCUCGUUUGCUGAGUUUGCUCGCCGAGCGAGUCCGCCGAGCGUGAGAGAGAGAGAGAGAGAGAGAGAGAGAGAGCGCUGCGAGGUUAAAAUGUAAUCUUAUAUCGACGCGACGUCGUUCCUUCUCGCUCGUCAUCAUCGUCAUCGUCAUCAUCGUCGAUGUUGCGAAUGGCGCCUUCCCGCGCGCGCUCGCUCGCUCGAUCGGUCGCUUGGCGCGAAUGUUUACGCGAUCACGCGCGACUACUCGCUCGGCCGGGUUCGCCUUCGUGGCACGGCUGACUUUUUCGAGGUUAAACGGACGAUAGGCACGUCUCGCCCGACCGCCGUCGACGCCGUCCUUGCCGUGAGGAGGAGCCACGGAACUCUUCUUCGGGGACAGAGCCGCAAAAAUCGCGGGAGAGUCGACACGCCGAACCAACUCGCCUUACUCUCCCGCGAGAUAGCAAUAUGGAUGAGAAAUGAAGUAUGUCAGACACGUUUAAUUAAUAUUCUUCAGUGAACGAAGAUGAAUAGUGAGCAGCAUGCAUUGCCAGCGACUACGCAGGCACAACAAGAGGAUGUAAACGCGGGUCAAAGUGGUCGUCCUUCAUACCCAGGUGGUUUGGCUACUGCGACCGCGAGUCUUGGCAAUGUAGGGAGUACUCCCCAUUCAUCCGCGGACCUGCGUGUAGGUACUGCCGUAGCGUUAGCCUCCUCGGUAGCCUCCUCGGUAGCUAAGUAUUGGGUCCUCACCAAUCUGUUUUCUCCCGGACCGCUACCUCAAGUCUCGGUUUACCACCAUUCCCACCACAACUCCUCGCAUAGGAGUGGUGGCGGUGGGGAGGCAUCAUCCUCCAAAGAGCCAGCCUCUUCACUGAACCAGGAAAUGGCGUUGACUUCCAGCUCGCAUCAUCAGCAACAGUCAACAGCCGCGCAUCAUCAUCAUCAGCCUUCAGUUAGCAGCAGCAGCAGCCACCACAGUUCUCUGCAGUCGAAUCCACAGAUUCCUGUGUCUCUUCCUGGCCUUACUUUAGACGGCGCACAUAUACCAGCGAGUCACUUGGCUGCACAUGCACAAAUGCAACAGAUGCAGGCGCAGGCACAACAGCUGCACCAGCAGCAGCAGCAGCAAACGCCGCAGCAACAGCAGCAGCAGUCCCAUCAUCAGAUGCCGAAUCAUCAGAACGCUCAGAACAAUGGACCAACGGCGCACAGCCAGAGCGCGCAGCGAGACGAUAACAAGGUCAAGGACGAGGGCGGUAGUUGCACCACCGAGCGUUGCAGCGACAAUCAGGUUCACUGUCAAGUUCAAUGUGAUCUGCAAUUACAACCACCCCAAGAUCUUCAACAGAGCUUGAUGCAACAGCAGCAGCAGCAGCAGCAACAGCAGCAGCAACAGCAGCAGAUUGGGGUCAACAUUAGCGGUAACUCCACCACUGAGGGAGGAAGCCAGAGUAAUUCCGAGAAACCCGAGAAAGAGAAGGAGUUGCGGCAACUGAAUAUGACCCAAUUCCAAGUCCCUGACUUGAAACCAGGAGGACACAUGAUGGACGUGAGGACAGCAGACGGAUCGGUCGUCAAAAUCAGCGCGGGAAACGAGCAAGAUUUGGCCAAGACCCUUGGGGUCGAAAUGGUACAAAAUAUGUACAAGGUUAAUGUUGAAGAUAUUAACCAACUCUUGGCGUAUCACGAGGUCUUUGGAAAGCUGCAGAGUGAAAUUGCAGCUGGAACGACUUUAGUAGGCAGCACUGUGCCUACACAAACAGUUACCACGAUACAGAACGGCACGCCAAUCGUGCAACAGGUUCAACUGAACAAAUUUGACAUAAAGUCGAGCGACGGCGAGGCAACGCCUGGUCCGAGUGCAUCGCCCGUAUCGGUCGGCAGUCACGCUUGCGAGAUAUGUGGAAAGAUCUUCCAGUUUCGUUAUCAGCUCAUUGUACAUCGCAGAUAUCAUACCGAGAGGAAGCCAUUUACAUGUCAGGUAUGCGGUAAAGCGUUCUCGAAUGCGAACGAUCUUACACGUCACGGCAAGUGUCAUCUGGGUGGAUCCAUGUUUACCUGCACCGUUUGCUUUCACGUCUUUGCGAAUGCGCCUUCGCUAGAACGUCACAUGAAGAGACAUGCCACCGACAAACCGUACAAUUGCACGGUCUGUGGUAAGAGUUUCGCGCGCAAAGAGCAUUUGGAUAACCACACGAGAUGUCAUACUGGCGAGACACCGUAUAGAUGUCAAUACUGUUCGAAGACGUUUACCCGAAAAGAACACAUGGUAAAUCACGUUCGCAAACACACUGGUGAGACUCCCCAUCGAUGUGAUAUUUGCAAGAAGAGCUUUACUCGCAAAGAACACUUUAUGAACCAUGUUAUGUGGCAUACAGGAGAAACCCCUCAUCAUUGUCAAGCUUGCGGCAAGAAGUAUACACGCAAAGAGCAUCUCGCUAACCAUAUGCGCUCGCACACAAACGAUACACCGUUCCGUUGUGAAAUAUGCGGUAAGUCGUUUACGAGGAAGGAGCACUUCACGAACCACAUAAUGUGGCACACGGGCGAGACGCCGCACCGCUGUGACUUCUGCUCGAAGACGUUCACGCGAAAGGAACACCUCCUGAACCACGUUCGCCAGCACACGGGUGAGUCUCCACACCGAUGCGGCUUCUGCUCCAAAUCGUUCACCAGAAAGGAACACCUUGUUAACCACAUCCGCCAACACACAGGGGAGACGCCCUUCCGCUGUUCAUACUGUCCGAAAGCAUUUACGCGGAAGGAUCACCUGGUGAACCACGUCAGGCAGCACACGGGUGAGUCACCGCACAAGUGCCAGUAUUGCACCAAAUCCUUCACGCGGAAGGAACAUUUGACCAAUCACGUGCGUCAACACACAGGCGAAUCGCCACACCGAUGUCACUUCUGCUCCAAGUCAUUUACUCGUAAGGAGCAUUUGACGAAUCAUGUGCGCAUCCACACUGGCGAAUCUCCACAUAGGUGUGAGUUUUGCCAGAGGACGUUCACUAGGAAAGAACAUCUAAAUAAUCAUCUCCGUCAACAUACCGGAGAUUCUUCACACUGUUGCAACGUGUGCUCCAAACCAUUCACAAGAAAGGAACAUCUCGUGAAUCAUAUGCGUUGCCAUACCGGUGAACGUCCAUUUGUGUGCACAGAAUGUGGCAAGAGUUUCCCGCUGAAGGGCAAUCUCCUGUUCCACAUGCGGUCGCACAACAAGGGCAGCAACGCUGAGAGGCCGUUUCGCUGUGACCUGUGCCCCAAAGAUUUCAUGUGCAAAGGACAUUUAGUCUCGCACCGGCGCUCGCAUUCAGACGAGCGGCCGCACAGUUGCCCGGAUUGCGGCAAGACCUUCGUCGAGAAGGGCAAUAUGCUACGACACUUGCGCAAGCACGCGGCUGAAGGCCCACCGACACAAGUCAGCACACCGUCGGCUAUACCGCAAUCCGGUGUCCUGCCGAUACCGGCAGCGGCAGCAGUUCUGGUUGGACAUCCAUUAGCACCGCCGGCGCCGCCUGUGGUGCCGCAACACACGGUGGUCGUACCGACACCGCCCGGUGUAUUGACAUCAUACUAAAUCGAGAGAGAGAGAAAGAGAAGAAAAAGAACAAGAGGAGAACAGACAAGAUAAAGAAAAGAGAAGCAAGAAGAGAAGAAACGAGGAAAAAGAGGCAUUUGAAGAUACAUGCUGUGUAUACUUAAUAUAUGAUUGCGUCGAAGAAAUGUGAAGAUUGUGCGCUAUUCAUCGUUUCCUUAAAGACCUGGAUUACAAUGGAUUUAUUAUGCGCCAUUUGAAUCAAUGGUGUCUCACGUGCUGCUCGAUCCAUUUGUGAUUGCUGCAGCUGCAUACUACUUUGUUUCAGUAAGAUUCGCAAUGAACUUGGUUCGGGACGAUAUAGAGCGAUAUUGCUCGUGAUACGCGCAUAAAACGCGCAUUAGAACAUUGAUGACUGUUCUUUGCGAUGCCGAUUAUCCAAAGUUUGAUUUUGCUUCGUUUAAUGCUUGUACUUGAUAAGUCGAUUAUGGUAACGAAUGUAUAAUGUAUUCGUUCCAAAUUUGUGCAAGAGAAAUAUCAGAGUAUAUCAGAGAAUUUUGCGACUAUAUGAUGAAUAUGUAAUGAUAUUUCUUCGUUAUACUUUAGUAACCUUCCAUAAUUUUAACAAAGAGGCACUAAUUAUAAUGUCAGUGACGUCUUGGAUUAUAUUUGUAUGUUAUUUUCAUGUGUGAAGAGCAUGUCUAUGUGCAUUCGCCAAUUAAUAAAGUUUUUAGUAGCAUGUAUAGUAAUGUCGGGCAAAAUAUAUUUGCGACUUUGAAUAUGAAUACUUUUGGAGGAAAGAUAUGUAUUAAUAAGUCAUUAUUUACAAAUAUAUUUUAACCGACAUUGAAAUAUUUAGAUAACUAUCCGGAUGUCAAACAGGCGAAUGUGGUAAAGCUUAGCCAUGAUCAUAGUCAUAUUGACCAUUGCUUUACAUUAAUACUGACGAAAUACUAUUAAAGACUGCCAGCUUUGGUAAUUGAAAAAUAUGAACCGACAUUGCUUGUUUUUGAAUAUUUAAUUUAUGAUUAUUCUUAUGUGUAUAUAAAUAAGCGUGUUUUUAUUGUAACUCAGUAAUGCUGCGAAAUUGCAUUUUUAUUCCGUAUUUCCAUUGGAUAAUCAAACAUGGAUGACGAUAGAAGUGCAAUUUUGAAUGAAAACCUAUUAUUAUUACUUUAUAAUAUUAUUACUUUACAUAUAUGAAUCUUAAUAUAAUAUUUCGCGUUAGUUGUCCAAAUUUCAACACAUAACCAAAAUACACUUAGAUCACGUAAACUUGAGUCUUCAAUAGUAUAUCGUUGGUAGCAUUAUUAUUAUUAUUAUUAUUGACUUAUGUAUUUUUUAUAUGAAAAAAAAAAAAACGUAUUAUUUUUGAGAAUUUUAUUUGAUCCGGAGUGGUAUUUCAAAUUACGUGUUUUAUUUUCAAAUUUGCAGAUAUAUUCUUAUAUAAAGACUUAUUAAUAGAGCAAAAAUGAUAUGCAUCUUGUAUGCUACGAUCAGUAGUAAUCAACGCUAAAAUAUUUUUGAAUUUGUUAUAAAUAAAGUUAUGUGUUUAUUUAUACAAGAAAAAAUUGUACGAUAAAAUUCUAAAUUGAUAUUCAUUGUCUAAACAUUUUGAUGUACAGAAAAGCAGCAAACGUCUAGACUUUAUUAUUGAAAAAUUAUAAAAUUGUAAUGUUCGGACGAUGUAGCAGAGAGAAUUAUUUUUCAUUUGGAAAAUGUUCUCGCUUUCAAAUACAAAAUAUAAAUACAUGUAUGUCCAAUCUUGUGACUUGAGCUCGCUAUGAUUUUUAGUUUUAGGAGGUAUGCGAUCUAGUGCAAUAUGGCUUAGUAUUUUGUUUAAGAAAGCAGAAACAAUCGCAAAAGGAAUACCACUGAUACCGGAUCUGAUAAAUUUACAGAAAAACAAUAAGUUGAUAUGAGACGAAUUUCAUGCGUUACUAAGAGCAGAUUUUCAGAGUUUUAAGUUUCGUUAAUAAAUUUAAUUAAUAAUCCUUUUUGUAUACCAUCUAUCGCGAAAAGGAAAAAAAAACACUAUCACUGUAGCGUCAUCCUGUAAGGCCAUGUAUUUGAUAUUUACUGUUAAG